AUGACAAUCCUCCGAGAGUUCUUGAAUAUAUUUAUUUCUGAUGUUGUAACCAGCAAUUGUUUUUUUUGUGUUGUUAAUCCAGUUUUAUCUUCAACUUGUUUGAAGCUGUAUUGGGCCUGUGCGAUCACUGGGGGCCCCUCCCAUUUUGGGGCACCGCAUGGCACUGGAGUCUUCGAGGCGGCGCCCGAUUUGAUCAGCUACAACAGCGCCAUCUCUGCCUGUGAAGCUGCGGGCGAAUGGGAGAACACCCUGGCCCUGCUAGAGGAAUUGAUUGAAAUUGGACAGGACACACCGCGUGUCUACUUGGGCGUUCAAAUGGCCUUGGAAGCUGCGGAGUUGCAGCCCGACGUAAUCUGCUACAGCGGCGUGAUUAGCGCCUGCGCCAAAGGUGGUUUUUGGCGUCUCACCAUAAUGUUGCUGGAACGGCUCUCCGCCCAAAGGAUGCACCCAGACUUGGUGGCUCUCAAUUCAGCGUUGGGUGCAUACAAGGGCCCACGUUGGCAAAUGGCCAUUUCGACGCUUUCUUCCUUGCCCACGCUGCGUUUGAUGCCCGAUGUGGUCAGCUUUUGUACGGCCAUCAGCUGCUGUGCAGAGGUGUGGCCCAAGGCUCUACAGUUGCUGACCAUGCGAUCUCUCCACGCUCGGCUGGCGCAAGACGUCUUUGGUUGCCUGGUAGGAGGGUUGCUGACAAAGACGGAGGGCAACAGAAAAGUCACGUUACAACACCAAAGAUUGGUAAGACUUCAAACAUGUUGA